UUAGCGAUGCAAUGUGCCGAGUCGACUCAUAGAUGCUGUCUUGCAAGAUCUGUCUUGACAAUGAAAAGUUCAGCUCUGUGUGUUCUACUCAUCCUGGUCUUGGGCUCCAUCCCAGAUGUUGCCAGUGAAGAUGAUAUUCAGGAUCCAUGUAGUGAUUUUCGGGAAUUUGCAAGUAAAGAUGGAAGGCUUGCCUGCACAAGAGAAAAUGACCCAGUCCGUGGUCCUGAUGGUAAAACCUAUGGAAAUAAAUGUUCCAUGUGUGCAGAACUCUUCCUGAAAGAAGCUAAAGAGAAAGAAAAGGAAGAUCACAAUAGAACCCGCAGAAAUGCUAUAAAAGCCAUAUGCAAUGAAUUCCGGGACCAGAUGAGGAAUGGCAUACUCUUUUGCACCAGGGAGAAUGACCCUAUCCAAGGCCUUGAUGGCAAGCAUUAUGGGAACAAGUGCUCCAUGUGCAAAGCCUUUUUCCAAGCUGAGGUUGAUGAAAGGAAAAGAAAUGAAGAGAAAUUAAGGGAUAAGACUACUUCAGUAAACACUACUUCAUUUGCGGAGCUAUGUAGUCCAUAUCGCAACUAUAUGAGAAAUGGAAGAAUGGCUUGCACCAGAGAGAAUGACCCCAUUCUGGGACCAGAUGGCAAAAUGCAUGGCAACACGUGUUCUAUGUGUGAAGUUUUCUUCCAAAAUGAAGCUAAAGAGAAAGAAAAGGAAGAUCACAAUAGACCCCGCAGAAAUGCUGUAAAAGCCAUAUGCAAUGAAUUCCGGGACCAGAUGAGGAAUGGCAUACUCUUUUGCACCAGGGAGAAUGACCCUAUCCAAGGCCUUGAUGGCAAGCAUUAUGGGAACAAGUGCUCCAUGUGCAAAGCCUUUUUCCAAGCCGAAAUUGAAGAAAGGCAAAGAAAUGAAGAGAAAUUAAGGGAUAAGAGAGAACCAGCAAACACUACAUCAUUUGCAGAGCUGUGUAGUCCAUAUCGCAACUAUAUGAGAAAUGGAAGAAUGGCUUGCACCAGAGAGAAUGACCCCAUUCUGGGACCAGAUGGCAAAAUGCAUGGCAACACAUGUUCUAUGUGUGAGGUCUUCUUCCAGAAUGAAGCUAAAGAGAAAGAAAAGGAAGAUCACAAGAGAAACCGCAGAGUUACUAUAGAAGAUCUGUGCAGUGAGUUCCGAGAACAAGUGAGAGAUGGGAAACUCAUUUGCACCCGGGAGAAUUCACCUGUUCGAGGUCCUGAUGGUAAAAUGCAUGGCAACAAGUGUUCCAUGUGUGCCAGCAUCUUCAAACAAGAACAGGAGAAAAACAGAGAAGAGAAGAAGAAAGUGGAAGUAGAAAACAAAGUUAAGAGAGAAGCAGUGCAGGAGCUAUGCAGUGAAUACAGAAACUACAUGAGGGAUGGCCGCCUUGCCUGCACCAGAGAGAAUGAUCCCAUCCUGGGCCUGGAUGGCAAGAUGCAUGGCAACACAUGUUCCAUGUGUGAAGCUUUCCUGCAACAAGAAGCUAGAGAGAAGGCUGCUGUAGCAUCCAGAACAAUUAAGAAGAGAGAACUUACAAAGGAUGCAUGUGAUGAAUUUCGGAGUCUUGUGAAUAAUGGAAACCUUUUCUGUACCAGAGAAAAUGAUCCUGUCCGUGGCCCAGAUGGAAAAACACAUGGCAAUAAGUGUGCCAUGUGUAAAGCUUUAUUCCAGAAAGAAGAAGAGGAGAAAAAAAGAAAGGAAGAUGAAAAUCAAAGAAAUGCUGAAGGAAACAAGCAGGGAGGUGGUGGGGCAGGAAAACCCAAGGACCAAUGUGAAGAAUUUCGGAAAGAGUGGAAAAAAGGAGCUCUUAGUUGUACCCGUGAGAAUGACCCUGUACGUGAUGCUAGUGGCAAAUCCUAUAAUAACAAGUGUGCCAUGUGUAAAGAACUCCUGGCUAAGGAAGAUGAGGAGAACAAGAAAACUACUAAUUUCAGGAACAACAAUGGUAGCACCAAUGGAAAGCCCAAUUGUGAUGAAUACAGAAGCCAGAUGAAAAAUGGGAAACUGAUUUGUACAAGAGAAAGUGACCCAGUGCGAGGCCCUAAUGGCAAGACCCACGGCAAUAAGUGUGCCUUGUGUAAAGAAAUAUUAGAAAAAGAAGCUCAAGAGAAGAGCUUGAAUGAAGAAAAAAGCAACAAAGAAAAGGAUCAAUGUAGCGAGUACCGCAGUCUAAUGAGUAAUGACAAAUAUGUUUGCACCAGAGAGAAUGACCCUGUUCGGGGCCCAGAUGGCAAAACCCACAUCAAUAAAUGUGCGAUGUGCCAAGCUGUAUUGGAGAGAGAAGCCAAUGAAAGGAAACGAAUCACAGAAGAAAACAAGUCCAAUGAUAAUAAAGCAGAUAGCAACAAGGAAAAAUGUCAGGAUACCCAGAACCAACAAAGUAGUGGCAGUCGUGGCUCUUCCAAUGUUGUUGACCCUGUUCAUGUUCAAACUAUUAAAGAAAAAGCUGAUAAAAGAAAUGAAGAAAAAACAUCUAUCAGUUUUCUGGAAGAAGAUAAAAAACAAAGUAAACCAUUUUUUCCGGAGGAGUCUGAGAUGUGCCAACAGUACAGGGUCAUUCCUAGAGUGGGCUACCUGUGUCCAAAGAGCUUACAUUAUGUAUGUGGUGAAGAUGGAAGGACAUACAACCAUCCAUGUUUGCUGUGUCAUGAAAAUCUGUUACAUCAAACCAACAUCCAAAUGCUGAGGGAAGGGAGGUGUGAAGAUGACCCUUCAGGAACACUUCCACCAAAUACUUCAGGCAGUAACAAAUGAGUGAUGAAUCAGUCGGAACCUUGAGAAAAAGGUUCAAAUGCUCAGCCCUGGAAAGUUUGCCUUCACCCUUCUGUAUAUAUAAAGAACUCUUCUGAGCAUGUAUUAUUUACAGUGCAGAACAAUCCUGAGCUACUGGGGAAAGGACAUACUGAUUUUUAGUCUUCCAUCCUUCUCUUCCAGGACUCUAUGAUCCUGGCGCGGAGACACAUGCUGCAUUCAGUCAGUGCUCUGGGGCCCCUGGUCACAGUGCUGUCUGUCCAUUUGCUUGUGCAAUAAAAGUAAAAUUAGCAAAA